UUUGACAACGAUCAAAUGAACCAAUGGAAAAUGGGUAGACGUGGUGAUCAUCAUAAGGUAUUUAUUUACAAAGUUCAAUCAAAAUGUUUAUUAUUUAAUUAAUCCCAAUCAAAUCAUUUUACGAUUGUAUUGCAUCAACCGCAUCGAAUACCCAUUAGAGUAACUAUUGAGUUUCGUAAUCUCAUGGAAUGAAGUCGAACUGGCAUGUCAGAAUUGUCCAACCAGCAGGUGCAAUCAAACUCCUUGGUUUCCUCACCUACAGAUAAGAUUUUAAUUGGCGAUAAAGAUGCAGAUUAUAAUAGCGUCGAAGCCGAGCAGGAUAAGACAGAAUUGUUUACAGACGAAUCGACGACGUGCUUUAUUAAACGUCCAAAAGUGCGACAAUUUUUAUUUAAAAUGUAUUUAGUACUGAAAGAGUUGCUUAUUGUUUCACUUAUGGCUAUAACUUACGCUGCGUUAAUGAACGACGCACCCAAAAUAUCGAAAAGUCCGGCCUCAUUUCCAUUUUUUCCACAUGAUUCCAUCGUGAUCGACUGGUAUCACGGGGAAUUGAGUGAAGCGAUUGAUAAGGCACGAGAAUCGGAUAUCGCAUUUGUUAUGUUUUACGCGCCCUGGGAUGCUGAAAGUCAAGCAGUGCGUGCCCAGUUUGAUUUAGCAGCACGAUAUAUGGGUGAUGAAGUCUCGUUUGCGGCAAUUAAUUGUUGGCAACCAGGGAGUGAGUGUCGUAAGCAGUACAGUAAGGCGUACAGUUGGCCUGUGCUAAUUGCGUACCCUACUCAUGGCAAAGGCAUACAGUAUAAAGGCCCCAAUACCGCCCAUUACAUGGUGAAGUUUUUAAAGUCUCUCACACGACCUUUGCUUAGGAUUUAUGACGAGAGUGAUGUGGACGACUUACUCAGUAACCAUGAUGCGGUGAUUGUCGGUUGUGUGAAUGCAAAACCUGGAAGUAUCGACUAUGCCAUUUUUUACAACACAGCGCUGCGUUUUUUAGAGAAAGAUCCCAUACAGGAAACAGUUUUUGCUGUCAUUUCGGAUUUAAACAAUGAAUAUUGCACUGAGAAUUCACCGUCGAUGGCGUUGCACAUGUGGAACGAAACUUUGCUUUAUGCCAGCGAUGAUUGGAAAUCUACCUCGUUAUUGACAUGGAUUGUAACAAAUUUACAUCAAGUAAGUGCGUGGAUUACGCCUUUGGGCAGCAAAAGUUUGACGUUAUCGUCCUUUCUUCAUCCGGGCCCUGCAUUGAUUUUAUUUACACCUAGAAAUCCACUGAAUUCCUUUGUGGAUUACUAUGAUUUGUUGCACGAGGUUGGAUUGGAAUAUUACAAUUGUGGGAAUAUGCUUCAUGUACAGCUGCAUGCCCUACGUGUCAGUGUUAAGCGCAAAGAUAAUCGCCACAAAUAUUCCGAGUUGAUGAAGACAUGUUCCUUGAAGACUACUGUACCGCACGUAAAAAGAUAUCCCUCCGUAGUCACAUAUACACUUCCGCAAAAAUGGGCAAAUCACUCUUGUUGCUUAGCAAAUUCAAAGGUGAUUCCAGAGAAAUGCUUCGACUGCGAUCCCGUCAAUAUAUUAAAUGAAAGACUGGAAUUAGAAUGCCAUCAUUUUGAAAACUGUAACGGCCACUCGACUACAAAUUAUCAAGCAAAAAAUGAAAAUUGUUACGACGAAGAUCCAAGAUCGGCUGGCAACCUUAUAAGGAGGUGGAAAACAGAAAACUGCCGCAUUGCGCAAUUGGCGCGACAGUUCCACCCGGUUCUUCUAAGCGAAUCUGUUCGAGAUACCGAAGAGGCGAGGUUAAAUGUUAGCGGACUGGCUUGCAAAUUGAACACGAGCAUGGCACUAAUUGCUUUGGAUUCCCUGCGAUAUUAUCACUUUGCGGAAAGGCUUGGUAUAGACAUCUCACAGGCUGAAGACAGAACUGCAGCCGUUAUAAUUAACCAAAAGAUGGAAGCACACCACAUCUUAUACGGACCAGUGAAUGAUCGAACUCUUCGUGAAUUCAUUGUUAAUUUUACUAGUAGCAGUUUGCCUCGCGCUCUCGACUCGGAAACGACCCUCAAUCCUAGAAGUAGACGUAAAUGCAUAGACCAAAGACGGAAAUCAACAAUACUAGAAUUAAAUACCGAUACAUUUUUUCCUAUUGUAAUGCAGGAUAAUAAGGCUGUGAUCGUUUUUUACUACUCGAAGCAAUGUUCAUUUUGCAGCGGAAUCUCAUAUACUCUUCUCACUGUUGCCAAAAUGUUGAAGGGGGUGACCUCGUUACAGUUCGUCCGACUGGACGGAGAUUUGAACAUUCUACCGUGGGCGUUUACGCUAGACAGUUAUCCGACGGUCAUUCUGUUCCCCAUGAAGCGGAAAUCGGAAAGCAGAAUUUUCCCGAGAGACAUUUCGGUGACGGUACCUAAUUUGAUUAGUUUUAUUUUAGUGAAUGUGAAUCCCAGUUUGAAACUGCACGUGAUGUGGACUCUCUGUAAACAAACGAAGUUUGAAGACGAAAAACUUCAGUGUGUGGCUUCAGUUCGAAAGGAGAACCUGUUCGUUAUAGAUAAUACGCUGCGCGCGUGGCGGCGAGCCGAUCUACUGAGCAAGAAGAAACUGCUCUACAGAUUGCAGCAGUUACGUAACAUUAACAUGUUAUUAGCGCAUUCAUCUGAUGACGCGUCAAGUAUUGAAUUGUAUUUGAAUAGGCUACAUUUUAUACCGACCGAUGACGUCCAAAUUAGCGUAGAUAAGAAAAAAUUUGUUCGCGACGAGCUCUGAUUUUGGCUAAAGUGGUCGCUGUUCGUGACCAGUGGUACCUUUAUCCUCGUUUGGACUCAUUUUACUUACGGUGCUAUGUCUGUUCAAUAUUUGAGUAUUUUUCUAAUAAAUAUUUAUGCCCCGUA